GGUAGAACCAAAUGGAAGCGCUUUGAUUGCUUGCUUGCUUGCUUGCUUGUUAGCUUGGUAGUUUGGUAGCUAGCUUGAAAGACAGGAACUAGCCUAAGAGAAUUGUUUGAUUGAAAGAGGGGAGCAUGACGAGGCGAGCAGAGGGAGAGGCUAAGAGGAGGGCGAAUAUUGGCCAGGAAACGUCCAGCCUCCGGAAUUAUGGCGGGUGGGCGGACUCCAUAAAGAGUUGGGGCCUGACAGCCGGUGACAGCGGGUGGGUUUAUUAUUUUGAGGGAGAUUCGGACUUGACCUUGGAAUCUUCUGCUUUAUUGCUUGCUCUGUUGUUGUUCUUGUUAUUCUUCUUGGUCUUGCUGUUGCUCUGCUCUGCUCUGGGAGCUGUUCUGUUCUGCAGUGUUGAUUCUAGGUUGUGCUUAUCCUUUCUUUUCCCCUACGGUGCAGUCCACUGAGUGAUCGGUUGAGAGUGUAUCGUGGUGCAGUGGUUGGGUGUUAGACUUGUUGUUGCUGGUGCUAUC